UUUCUCUCUCGGUUUCUCCCCCGUCGCGAGCCGUGGCAACGCGCAGGCCGUCGCCGUCGUCAGACGAGAGCGGCAACAUUCUGCUCUGCGCGGCGGGGUUCCGUGGCAGUCGGCGUUCCAGCCGCGAACCGAAGCCGGCCAGACACAGAACGCGCCUGGAACUGUGCAAGAAGGCGGGCGUAAGAGGAAGGGCGAAGAACUCUCCCCUUCGUUGAAAGGGGUGCGUCGAAGGUGACACGCACGAGGGGGGAGGGAGGUGGUGGUGAACUUUGUGAUCUUGGAUCGGGGGGUCGAGUUGGUGCUUGGACGAGGAGGGAAGAAGAGGAGGAGGAGGAGGAGGAGGAGGAGGAAGAAGAAGAAGAAGAAGAGGAAGAGGAGGAUUGUUGGGUCUUGUAUGGGAAGAGGAGAGACGACGUAGAGUUUCAGGUCGGCGAGCGAAGCAACGCAGAAAUGCCUGUGGGUGGACGGGUCGCAGGGAAAGUUGGGAUUUACAGCUCCCAUUAUAAUGGGAAAGGCUACAGUGGUAUUAACGAAGAGAUCAUGUGGAUCAGCAUUGGAAUGGGGAUCACCAUCGCGGUACUGAUCACCAUCGCGCUGUGUUACAUCGCCCGCGAGAAAUGCCGGAAGCGGCACGAGGGCUACUACGCCUCCUGACGAACACUUCCGCCACCCUCGUGGGCAUCGUGGUCCUUCUCACCAUCGACGCCCGGCGUCUUUUUCAGCCCGACCACGUCGAGAGGCAAGCCGAGGGCGUACUACAUCACCGUAUAACGCCGAAACCCAGUGACUAAUGGCUCCCCUUUACCUCGAUCGAGCUGACGUUCAACCAAGGAGCGAAGGAAUCGACCUUUGUCCCAUUUUUCCACUUCUCCCCCCUCCCUCUCCUAUCUUCUUUCUCCCUGAUUUUUCUCCCUUCCUCUUUUUCGCUACGUACGUACAAGGUGGCUCGCUAAAGUAUUUGAACAAUGUCUCCAGGGAAAUUUGUUCAAUUUCGAAAAAAUUUUGAAGGAAAAUUUGCGUGCACGUAUAUAACAUAAUGUAGAAGUUUUUUUUUUCUAUUUUUGGAAAAUCUGUUCAAGGAUGAUCAAAUCAAAUCUUCAAUGUUGACGUAUGAUUUGAUUUGGAAGUUUUUCUUGCGAUAAUGGAGCAAUUGUACAUCGUUGUAUUUUUAAAAAAAAAGAAAAAGAAACUAGAAUUUCGAAGAAGAUCGACUUGGUAUCUUUAAAGAAACGUACUCGUACAGUACUCAUUAAGAAAUAUUUAAUUGAUAUUUAAUUAUUAAAAGGUAAGAAAAUGUUGAAGCAUUUUAGCGAAUCACUAUGCGUGUAAGAUUUGUCCGUACGUUUUCAACGAGCAUCAGGUACUAUCCACCGAUUUUUCGAAUUAUCGUCGAAUCCAGGAAUCGAUGAUUUAUGGACCGUGAAGAGCAAUCGACCGAACGAGUUGAAUCGCAGGAACUCUCCGAUAAUUCCACUUGAUCGAUUGGAUAAUUAACUGAAUUUUGCUGGUAUUACUAUUACAGACAAGCUCUUGAGGAAUUUUACGUUAAAAAUUUUUUUUUUUUUUUUAGAAUAAUUUGAGGUGACUUUAUUACGAGGAGAAAAGAAUUUUUUAAUGGAUUAAAUUGAAAUAUCCGAUAUUGGAACGAUAUUAAUUUUGUGUAUUAUGUGACUUGGUUAAUUAUUUUUAUUAAGAAUGAAGUUUUAUUAAGGAGAUUAUUGUACAUAGAAAAAAUGAAUACGAUUUUUAUUGGACUAUUAAUUGGAAUUGUACGUACCAUUUAAUUGGUAUCAUUCAACGCUGAACUGAGGAAAAUUUGUUGUGUAUUGGUAAUAGAGGGUUAUUAAUUUCGAGGUAUUUAAUUUUAAUUUUCUCACCAUAGACUCAUUGAUAUUAAGGGUGAUUGAAAGUAAAUUAUUCGAAUAACAUUUAUCGAUUUUCGAAUCGUUCGAAUAAUAAUAAUCGUAAUUAACUUAUUCAAAGAUUAUUCUAACUUCAACCACUACUUCUUCGCCAAUAUUUAGAUUAGAAACUAAUCUAAUAAUAGGUUAAAUAACAAUUUCAUUAAAAUUUUUAUACAAUUUUAGAAAUCAAAUUUUCUAAGAGAUUUCUUCCAACAAAAAAAAUCAUUUCUCAUUUUUGUUCAUUUCAUUUCAACUAACUCUAUGUUAUUAUAUAUUUUCCAAGCAAUAAAAGCUUCCAUUCUAUUUCGAAUACAAUAGAGUCAAUCGGAUAAAGAGAAACUUGGAUUAAUCAAGCUACCGUUUUAAUAAGAAAAUGCGUUAAAUCGCGCUGAAAAUGGCGCCAUUCGAACGAUUUGCAUUAAAAUUGUUCAACUAAUGAAAGGACGAUUUUCGCUCGAUUAAACUCUCAUUUACUAUUUCCUAUCUACUAUCUGCGAAAGAAAUUAGAACAAAAAAAUAUCUUGAAAUAAUCGUAUUUUCACAAUUUAUCAAUUAAUAAUAUUAUUAAUUAUUUGACAAGUUAUAGCUUGCGAAUUCUUUUCUUUUUAAUAAUAAUAUUUUAGUCACGAAACAUGAUAAUUAGAUUAACUAAUAAUUUUCAAAAUUUUUUUUUCGAAGUUGAUUGCAGUCAUUUACGAUUUAAAAUUUCGCUAAUGACGUAAGAACGUCUAAAUUUUUUUUUCUUACAUCAACAAAUUAAUUUCGUCGUGAAAAUUUUAAACAAUGUUUUCGAGCGAAUAUAAAUUAUUCAUUGUCGUUUUACGAACGAUUUAAUCCAAUCGAAUCCGAAAUUCGUUUCAAAAUUUCCCGUGUUAAUCAGCGAAAAUGUUCUCACAAAUGAAGACUAAACAAUCAGGUUAUUUUCUCAUCUCAUCCGCUUCCGUGCUUUCGCGAAACAAUUCAAUUUUCCGUAUGACGUCUCGCCAGUGCCAUUCUCAGACGACUGGCAACCAUCGUCGACGCGUGCAAGAAAUUUCCAUCGUGCGAUUCAAGGUUAGAAUAAAGUCUGGCCAUAAAUUCCCAAGUUUCGUUUGGACCGCACGCGUCAAUUUUUAAACAAACCACGUUUGGCAAGCAACGCGACAGUCGAAUUUAUGACUGAGAAUUCCCUGCCAAGCAACGAUUGUCGCUGCAGCGAUAAUAUCGUUUUCUGGAUCUUUUAUUCAAAUCUCUGUUUCAGCUUCGGUGAAUAUUAAAAUUCGUCACAAUACAUCGCGGGCGAUUUGUCGUUAACCUAUUCGAGACAAUAUGCGCGAAGAAAUAGGUUAUGUUGUUAAAGCAAAAAGAAAAAAAAAGAAUGUUUAUUUCGUGAAAAAGUAUUUGACUCUCUUUUAAUAGUAAUUGAACGAAAUUCGUUUGAAAAUGGCCUGUUAUAACCUAUUUCCAUGGUGUACUAUCUCUAUUUGAUCGUCAUAAACUAUACUUGGCCUAAUAGAUGGAAUAUAACUUGGAAACGUAAGAAAAUAAAUUCCACUAGAAACAAGGAAAAUAAGAAGAAACGUUAAAAGAGGAAAUAUUAGAAGAUAUUUGAAUUGUUACAAAUAUUCUCGACUAACAGAUUAACUUUAAUAAAAUAACGAUACAAGAGAAAAUAAAAAUAUUUUACAUGAUAAAUGCUUCGUAACCAUGUCGAAUUACAUUUCCUAGCAUCUCGAAUUCAAGUUCUAGUUGUUUGCAACAGCAAAGUUUGCACGGCGUUUCCUUCCUUUGAAGAUGCAUUAUGUAUAACAUGUAUCAUCUGUAUGCAAAAUAUGGGCCAAAUCGGUGAAUGCAUCUUAGAUUUUCUCUUCUGGUUUUUUUUCAUAAAAAUCCCGAGAAUAUAGGGAUCUGCUAUUUUCCCCUAUUGAAUUAGAAAUCUUUCUCUCUUUCUCUAUCUAUUCUUCUCUUUCGCUCAUGUUCGACAACGAUGAUCGAUCCAUUGUUAAAUAAAUUUUUUUAUCAAUUAAAAAUGAAAAGUAAAAUGUUCUACUUAUCAGGUAAUCUUUAUUUCUUAAAAGAAUAUUUCAAGAAUAUUUUUUAUAAUAUUGUUAAGUUAACUUUGAGUUAGAUUUAAUUUCAAACAAUAUCUAUUAAAUAUCUACUGCCAAAAACACUAUGAAUUUAUCAAUUUAGCAAUCCAUUUAAUUAUUCUUAUUACAAAUAUCUUUUAACAAUUAUCAGGCAAUAAAAUCAAUAACACUAAAUUGUGACAUUAAGACCUAACAAUUGUUUUAUACGAAAUGUAACAAAGUAAUGCAAAUUUACAAUGUUAGAUUAAUCCUGUGAGUAUCUUCCGGUAUAAGAGGAUUAAAAUGGCGAUCGAUCAUCGGUGUUACGAGAUUUAAAGGCAUAUAUUUGAUAUCUACUUUUUGCACCGGUGUGUCUAAAUGUUUACGAAUAAUUGAAAGGAAGAUGGUGGAAAAUAUAGUUUUAAUGAAACGGAAGUAGAAGAAGGAGAAUUUUGGGAACACGUAAAAACGAAAUAUAAUUUCAAUUUUAAGGUAAUAUCCUCAUUGGUAACAAUAGCUUCGGGUAACGUAAAAUUUGUCUCGGGGAUUGUUUAUUAUUAAUUAAAAAACUUGAAUAAUGAUCAAUGAAAGGAAGAUAAUUGCACGCACAAAUCACUUUUCUCCAAUCACGUUUCUCUGAUUGAAGAUUGGACGUGAGGUAGAAUAUAUGUAUCAAAAUUAGAAAUGUCGAGAAAAAAUUUUUCGAUAAUUAAAAUUUUCUUUUAAUUUAUAUAUAUACAUAUAUAAAGUAUAUUAUAAUUAACGUUUCACAUUAUGUUUCAGAGUAGAAAAACUAUGGUACAAUUUCCUUUAUGUCCAAUCUUCAAUUGUAAAACGCAAUUUUCGAUUUAAUAAUUGAAAUAAAAUCAGCGAAUAAAAUAUUGUACGUGAAAUUAUUAUCUUCGUAUAAUUCAGAAUCGCCUCAUAUGCCACAUUACUCUCAACCUAUGAGAAUUUAUUAAGAUAUUAGAUGUCAAUAAUCGUAAUUGGGGAUAUUCUGAUUCCACAAGAGAAUCGACAAACGGAUGAAACUUGAUUAAUCGAGACGAAUAUAUUUGAUAAUUAAUGAGAUAUGAUGGAGAGAGCAAAUUUUGCAAACAAAGUAUAUGUGCCUGUACGAUUUUGAAUAAUUAUUUGAUUUUUCAAAGCAAUUCAACAACUUCUAUUAAACGUAAAGAAAAAUUUCGAAAUUUAAAAUAUAUAAAUGUUAAUGUAAUUUUAAUUCUAUAGAAUAAAAAAGUUGAUAAAAAUAUCGAUUUAUUAAGUUCUGAAGCAGUUUAUGUUAGAUAAAAGAAGAUAAGGAUAGAGUAUCUUUAUCUUUGUCACGUUUUGUCUAACACAACUUCAAUCGCUUGUGUAUUAAUAAAUAAGCUUCAAUUGACAUUUUUGCAUACCAAUUUUUAUGUUUAUUUUGGCUUCUGAAAUCGACUAUAAUUAUCAGGGAAAACAAUAUUAUUGUGUUGUAGGAAUAAAAAUUAAGAGAAAAAAAAUAAUAAAAUUCAAAUUAAAGAAAUUCCAAGUUGAAUCAGCGAAAAAGAUGUUAAAGUAAGUUUCUUUUUAACAUCUAAUUAAAAGAUCGCAGAACAUUAAAACAGAAUGGUGCAGCCGUGCUCUUAUAUAACAAAUAAACUUGUAAAUAAAUACGCGGAGAAACGCAUAUAAACGCGUAAAAAGACAUAGUGCGCCGGUGUAUCGCAUUACUAACGAGAUAUUAGAUGACACACGCGUGUAUCUGUACGUAAUACGUAGGUUGAGAGUCUACUAAAUCGUCCUGUUUUAUUACGAUCUGCAAAAGCAUUCAUUAAUUUCACCAAGAACAGAGAUCCUCGUUUAAUUCGAUCUCAUUAUUAUCAAGCACCGGCAUCAGAUUCCGACCGGAAAUAACGGUUCUUGCGAUAGAAAAUGGCGGAGCUCUAGCAAUUUAAGUAAGUUAUUUAACUUAUGCAAGAUUUUAAUUACACGGUUGAUACAAAAGAAUCUUUGUAAAUUUUUGUUUUUAAAAUUUAAUGAAAGUAAAAUCAUUAUUUCGUUGAUCAUAAUUGUUAUACUGAUACUUUUUGUAUGUAUAAUCGAGAAAAAAGAAUAUUUUGUUGAAAAAAAAAAAAAAAAAGAAAGAAAUCUAAUUUCAGCAUUUUAAAUAUAAGUCGGUCUUUUACUUUUCAAUUUUUUCUUUUAAAUUUCUUGAAUUUCUAUUCUAUUGUUACUUUAAAUUUUUCUUCUCAUUCUUUAAAUUUAUAAUUGAAUUUUAGUGAUGAUAUUUCUCUUUUGAUGAUUAUUUAUAUAAUGGAUAGUAAUAGUUCUAUAAUAUUUCGUUGAGAGAAAUUAAUGAAAAUCUGUUUAACAAAUUAAUUAAUUCAAUUAAUGUGUUCUGAAAUAGUGUCUGAUCUAAACUAUCGUCAAGUCACAAAACAUCGAUCUACAACAAAUUGAGAUUUUUUGUCUCUGGAAAUUUAUUUUUCAUUCUUUAUUAUUGGUGAAUAUUUUCUAAAGUGUUGUAAUCGCAAUAUAUGAGGUUUCUCUAAUGUAAAUUCUUAAUGAAAAUGAAAAUCUUAAGAAAUCUUUUAAGAAAAAACUUGCCAAACUAUUGAUCUCAUAUAAUUUUAAAAUAUUGUUUCCUCUACCAAUACUCAAUCUAUAAUCCUUAACAUAUAUAAAAUAUAUGGACAAUUCAUGUUAUAUAGUCCACAUAUGAAUGAAAGUAUUAUAAAAUAAUUAUUUUUUAAAAAAUAUAAUAAUAUACUUGAUACUCCCAAAAUGACAGUGUAAUAUAGAUUGUCUACAAAUUAACAUGUAACAAAUAGUAUUUGUAGACAAUAAAAUAAAAUUACAAGCACGUUUUUAAACAGAGAAUUACUAGAAAUAAUAAAAUAUAAAAUUUUAUCAAAACAAAUUAAUAAAAUAUUAAUAAAACCUUAAAAAUUAGUUUGAGAUUUUGUCAAAACAUCAUUUGUUUAAGUUUACAUCUUUUCAAAAUAUCUCAUAUGUAUUUGUUAUUACUAAUAAUAAAAUAUAAUAUUUAAAAAAAAUUUAAAUUCAUUUAAAAUUAAUUUGAAAUUUUUUUGAAUAACUUCAUUAACUUCAUAACUUCUUUCAAAUCAUCUCAUACAUAUAUAUUUCUAUCUAAUAAAAUAUUUUUAAACAUCUAAUUUGAAAUUUUAGAAAAGAAUUUUAAAUCUAUCAGAAAUUUAUUUUUCAAUUCUCAUUUCUUUAAAUUUUUUUAAAACGAUACACACUUUAGAAAUAAUUCGCCUAUAAGUAAUUUCUGUAAAAUGCAAAAAAAAAAGAGGCUUUUUAAUUCUCAAUCGUCAACCAUAAGUGUACAAAGGAUCUCAAUGUAACAAUUAAUAUGUACAAUAUAAGUGAUUUUGACCAAAAAAAUUUUAGAAUAUAUUUCAGAGAAUUAAGAUUAUUACACCAAAGUCUCGAUUUGAUUAUGUAUGGUCUAUAGAGAACGAUUGUAGAAUAAUGAAUACAUAAUUAUUGUUAGAAAAUUAUACAUUAUUGAAACCUGGAAGAAAAUCUAUUGGUAGAUAAUAGUAGAAGCGGCAUAGAAAGGUACAAGCCUCUUAAUUGUUCGAAUAAUUUCAUAUCUUCCAUUUAAGAAACAUGAUCAUUAUAGUUAUCAUUAUCAUGAACAAUAUAGUUUUUUACAUUUUAAUACAUUCUCUACUAGAUCAUAUUAAAUUCUAAAAAAAAUAUAUUUCUAAUUUUUGCGAGUAAAAAAUUUAUUUUUUUUCCUCAAAUAAUAUUUUUGAUUAUUAUUAAUUAUUGAUUAUUAUUAAUUAUUAAAUAUUUUUAACUAUAUCUAUAAUGAUGCUGCAAAUAUUCAAAAAGAAAAAAUCAUUGUCGCUCAUAUAUAAAUAUCGCAAAAUAAUAAUUUAUGGCAAUUUAAUAGAGAAUGUGUUAAAAAUAAAAAUACUAUUUUUUUCUUAUUGUGAAUAUUAUUAAAAUAGUAACGAUCGUUACUGCUACUUUAAAUGAUUGACCAUUAAUAUCUUAACAUAAAAGAGAUAAGAAAAGUGGAACAAAAAAUUAAAGCUCAACAUACUUUAAAUUAAAGUCAUACUUUCUUAAAUAAGAAAUAACUUUUGAUAAAAAUAAUCAUCCUAUAUCUCUUUUUGUAAUAUUAGAAUAUAAUAAUUUGUAAUAUUAGUCGAAUAAUCUUCUCUAAUGAAUGUAAAUAUUUUUUGCGUUUGUAAUAUUACGAAGAUAAGAAAUAAGUAUUUUAACAAGAAUAAAUAAAAAACUUGAAAAAAAAAAAGUAAUAAGAGGCUUGUACACAAUAUGGCGGAGUUCUGAUGUUCCUCACACGUGCACUCAUGCGCGAUAACAUUUAGAUGUUUUUUUAUGAAGAAUCGUAAGAUCCCGUCAUAAAUACGACAGAUUUUAGAAAUUUUAUGAAUGUUACACGACUUAUUCGUGAUAAGAGUCUUAUAGUGGGCAACUCAUAUUUGUAUUGUGAAAGUAGUUGCUGUUUUAUGUAAGAAGAAACAAUAAAAAAAAGAUUUAUCGAUAUAAAAGCGCGAUUCGAUAUAUUAAAAUGUCUAUUGCAAUGACCAACUUAAUAGAUUGCUCUAUGUAUUACGAUAUAUUAUUUCUUUUGGAUUUAUAACAAAUAAACGAUUAAAAAAAUGUGGAAUAAAUGUCUUAUUAAAUUAAUAAAUAAAUAAAUGAAUAAAUAAAAA